AUUACUGUGUGUAGUAGUGCCACUUCCCUGAGAAGGACAUAUAAUGGUUUCUUGAAACCUCUGAUCUUCUGUCAACCAAACGCUCUCUUGAAAGCUUCACCAGAGGCUAGUUUGCAGCCAUAGAAGAUAAAAAAGCAGCACAAAAAAGAAAAAGGGGAAAUAGGGUUUUGUUUUGUUUUGUUUUGUUUUGUUUCUUCUACAUAUUAGAAGGAAGAUCAGAAGCUUGAGAUAUGGUGGUAGCUAGGUAGCUAGGAAUGACAUGAUGGGUGGAAACCCUACUGACUGGUGGAGCAUGAUGAUGAUGAUGGAUGGAACAACCGCCAUGCAUUCACAAUCUUCCUCUUCUUCUUCCUCCUCUUCCCAGAACUUAUAUGGAUCUUCUUCCAAUUCUUUGCCAGAUAAUCAUAAUUCCACCCAAGAUUUCCCUCGCUCCUGGAGCCAACUCCUCCUCGGUGGAUUGGGUGGUGAAAGUGAAAAGUUUGGCAUGAUGACUAGUCCUAGUCCCCUUCAACACAAGAAGAUGGAGAACUGGGAAGACUUGCAGACUCUACAGAACAACAACAAUAACCCAUCAUCAUCUUCUUCUUCCUUAUUAAGGCCCCCUUUUGCAGCAGAUAAUAUAAAGCAAGAGUUUCCCCUGCAGAUUAACCUAGGACGACAUCAUCAACAUCAUCACAUGGCGGCGGCUUCUAGUUUGAGUACUCACAGCAACAACGUUUUCAACAUCCCCAGCAGUGGUACUAAGGUGGGAGACUUAGACUCCUGCAAGAAUCAGCAUCAUUAUUAUUCAUCUGAGUGUAAUAGCACAAGUAGUGGUGGACCAUCUAAGAAGCCUAGGGUUCAUCACUCUUCUUCCCAGCCUUCUCUAAAGCUACAGGUAAGAAAAGAGAAGCUAGGUGAUAGAAUUACAGCUCUUCACCAAAUUGUUUCCCCUUUUGGAAAGACUGACACUGCCUCCGUCUUGUCAGAAGCCAUUGGCUACAUCAGAUUCCUUCACUCUCAAAUUCAGGCAUUAAGCACCCCAUACAUGGGCAAUAAUCCAUCUGCAGGAAGCAUGGCUCGUCACAGUCACCAGCAAUCAAAUCCAUGGCUAAAUGGAGGUGGCAAUAAGGAUUUAAGGAGUAAAGGGUUAUGCUUGGUGCCUGUUUCUUGCAUUCAACAUGUCGGAAGCGACGACGGUGGAGCCGCCGGGUACUGGGCUCCGGCUCACGGCGGUGGAGGUUUUUGAGAACAAAUUAAAUAAACUUAUUAUCUCCUAGAGUCGGGGUUUAAUUAUAUAUGCGAUUAGAUAUUUCUUAAAUGAUUAUUUUUGGUUGUGAAAUCAUAUCGAUCAAUUCAGAAACAGUAAGUAUAGAAAUAGAUGUGACAAAUUAAAGGCAAAAGUAUAUUUGCAGCAAUAUAUAUAAUAGUGUUGUUGAAUGCA